CUUUUAAAGGGAUUUUUUCUGAAACAAACAACAAGCUUGCAAAUUUCAACCAUGGCGACCACAUCUGCAACUCUGAUGGUCCUUGACCACAGGCAGGGAGCCGUCAACGGCAUUGCCCAAUCCAACCACCAGCUCGUCGAUGUGCAAGUUACCCAAUCGCCUGUCGAUCUGCCGGCCACUCGGCAGUCAAAGUGGGUCAAGUCCGCGCGUUUCAAUGCCGCUCAAUGCGCACAAGGAAUCAAAAAGGUGUACGAGUGCAACCUGACCCCGAAAGAGCGCGUGCUGAUUCAAGAUGAAGCCGUCUUCCUUUUCUUCAAUGGAGGCAAAAACACGGCUACAGGCAAAAACAAGCGCGCUGUUCACUGCAACAACAAGAAGAAGUGCGCUCGCUGGCGUGACGGAUACAAGUACAGGAAGGCGCACAACACUUCCACUGACGGUGGCAUGGUCUACCCGCCGAUUGAUCCAAAUGGAUUGUUCAAGACACUCUACCAGAUCGACGACGACAAGGUGCUUGUGCGCUACACCAAGGAGACGCCGACCGUGCUGGCUGCCAAGCCUGCGACUCGCACGUCGCCCAAGGCUUGUCCGUCGGAUCGCAACUCGCGCGCUUCCCCUGUGCGCCCGCCAACUCCCGUCACCGAGUCCGAGUCCGAGAUCGAGGAUUCCGAGGACGAUGACAGCAUCGGUGGGUCGGACGUCCCUAUGUGCGACAGCCCAGCCUCGAUUGUUGGCUCCGAGGUGGCUGACAUGGCGGUCCUCGCUGCCGAUGACCGUCGUGUCCGCUCCCCGUGCCACGAAAUGCAGUCCUUGCCGACUGCAACCCUCACUGUCCCUGGACUUUCUGGGGAACCUAAGGAAUGGGACGUGGCCACGCUCAGGCUUGCUGCGGAUGCGGAACUUCACGUCAGGGACUUUUCCCAUUCUGACCCGAGCCAGUUUCAGAACGACGUGGAACUGGAUCGCCCGUUCCUCAACCACGCCUCGACCGUUGGUUCUGAAGUGAGUGACGAGACCUUGAAUGACCCGCACUUUGAUUUGGUCCGCCUAGUUGCGCCAGACCUUACGGACGACAACAACAUUGCGUCCUGUCUUUAUGAAUUUUAUUGCUUCUGAUCUCAUUGAGGAUCAGCUUCAUCCCCCCCCCCUCUUUUUUUUUCCCUCAUCGCCGCAUUUGGGCGCCCCCGAUGUCUCUUCGAAAAGUCAUUAGUCUUUGCUUUCUUUCAUUCGUUUGUUGUUAGUUCGUUUUCUUGCAUUUUUGCCUGCGUUGCACGGAAAUGGGCCAUAAUGUUGUUAAUAAUUUUCAGGCUGUUG